CGCGGGUCAUGGCUGGUAUGUGUAUCCGAUUUGUUUUGCAGUUAAACUUACAAGGAGCUCCGUAAGAAUUAGCGAUAUUUUUACGUUUUUUGUCACAAUGGAAGAACAUGUGAUUGAACCUAGAGUGCGAGUAAACGGAGGAGCUUUGGCUCGGCAUAUGGGAAGACCAGUAAGCAUAAUGGGAACUGUUUUAAAUACUCAUCCUAAUGGAAUUUCAGUAGAACUGAAAACAACUGACAACCAGGUUGUGACAGUGAGAAUGCAAGAACCUUUUCAGGAACCUUUGUCAGGAUUAGUGGAGUUCCAUGGAACAGUACAAGGAAAGAAUACUGUUUCAAGUGAUUUCUAUCUCUCUUUCCCCCCUGAGUUUACAAACAAUUUUGAUCUGGAACAGUACAAUGAAGCAGUUACAUUACUGAAUGCCAUUUCCAAUCCCUGGAUAUCUUGAAGAAGUGGAAGUUACUUUCUGGAUCAAGAAUGGUUGUAACGACUGUGAAAAUCUAAUUUUUUACUUAAUAUCUAUAAAUCAAUAAAAUAUUGACAAUUCCAUUUUGAUUGUUAUCCACGCCUCCAGUUUUAGAUGGCCUCAACAUGAACUUUGUAAUAUUAUGUUUAUUAUUAUUCAGUCAGCAUAGUUGUAUAAACUCACAGAAUGUUUGCAUGUACUACACAUUUCGACCUAUUGUGGCUGUCAUCAGGUACAUAGAGCGUUUACAGUCACCCUCCCUUCUAUCUGCUGUACCUCCCUGCACUGGUCAAUGUUUACACAUUGGGAGUAUACUGUACAUGUUAUUGUUUAUGUAAUGCCCUUAUGUUUUGAAAUUUAUUAAAUGUUAAAAUAUUCUAAUUGGAAUUAAAAUUGUGUCAUGAGAAACAUGAAAAACAAUAGAUUAACAGGUGUCAAAUCCAUUUAAUAAAUUUUAUACUUUGCAUUGUUUUAUUCAAGAAAAUGCUAUGUGACCAUAUGUAAUAUUUUCUUAGAGAAAUAUUUCAUCUGGACAGUUACAGGAUUCGGUGCAUCUUUUGCACUAGUUUAUUAUAGUUAGGAGUGUAUUUGGUAAUUACCACCCUCAAUCAUUUAAAUAUUUAUCACUUAAUGAUGAUCUGUACUUCGACACACUGAAACAAGUAACUUAGUUCCGAAUGUGAUCCUUGGCAUGCCUCUGGCAAGGAUGAGUUAUGACUCAUUGGUGUCAAACGCAGAUUUCCAAAGCCAAGAUCCUUGACAUUUUCCAUCCUCAAAAACCCUGUGUUGUAUUGGGUAAGCUGGAACUAAAUGCAAAGCAAUACAGUAAAUUAUAUUAACACAAAAUUUGAAUAUCAAAAUUUCUUGAAUAGAUAUGUGCAAAUUCAAAAUUGAUUAAAGUAAAGUAAAGCAAUUGCUAAUUACCAAAAUUAAACAUUAAUAUACUUUGGGUCAUCACAAAACAUCCCUUUAACAGUACAUAUCAACAAUGUUAUUUUAAUCCUGGCAAAGAACUGCUGCUAACAAUCUGUAGGUAAUUAAGUUUCAUAGUACUGUUGACUCAUGUAUGACAUGUAUGUUAUAUUAAUAUGUAGUAAUUGACUUGUUCUAUAUCCGGAGGUUGUACCUCCAAAUAUGGAUUCUCAGAACAAAUAAAUUCUUUGAUUGAUUGAGGA